AGAAUGUUAUCGCGAAAGUUCCGGUGAAGCUUGAAGAAAUGUGUCAUAUGACCGGUGCAUUAUGACACAUUUAAUUUCUCAAUUUGAUCUCGAGAGGCGUAACUCGAUGGAUCAAGCGUGAGAGGAAGGGAAAAAGAGGGAGUGGAAGAGGACGACGACGUCGACGACAAGGAGGACGACACAACGGGGACGUGCAGGGAUAUUCCUCACCGAUUGGCGCUUUUGUUCCUCAUCCGCGACUCGCGAAAUCGUCGUCAUCGGCCAUACUGGACCGAUAACAGUACUGUAGUGACGAUAUCGAUUUAAAAAAGGUUACGCUCCCUAUUAUGUCGCCUCUACGACGUGCGCCGACGAACGGGCUGUUCCGGGGAUCCCUCCAGCGAGAUGGCUUGCGAGGCCUGCAGUGCAAAGUUCAAUUUGUUCAAGAGAAAAAAACAGUGCGCAGAUUGUCUGAGGCACUUCUGCUCGGAAUGCGUCAUCAAACGACUGGAUAAGGUAUUUACCUGUGACAGCUGCGGUGUACUUUCAAGGAGGCCACUUGUGAGGAAUCAGAUCAGACAGAUACGUUCUAAGGACUUGCGUCAGUAUCUUGUGGCAAAGAAAGUCUCUGUCAAGGGAUGUGUUGAGAAGGAAGACUUGGUACAUUUACUAAUGCUCUUUGCUAACGGAACUGAUCCUUGCUCUAGUACUGACUAUAGUACAAGCGCCGGGACACAAAACGCUGCUGCAGAGCCACUAGUAUAUUCCUCCUCAAAUACAUUGGAAAACACACCAAAUGUCAGUACUGCAAAUGACGAACCACACGAAGAUACGCGAGCACAAGCACAACCCACAAGGAGUGAAGAUGUCGAAAUGGUAGAGGAGCCAAGCGAAAGUAGUCAUAGCAGUCCGAUCAUUAGUGUGCCAGUUAGCGAUAACGAAUCACCCGAGGAAGGACCGACGAAAAGUAAUAAUGUUGAAAUACAAGAAGUAUCAGAAACUGAUACUUCUGAUAACAGUCCAAUCGAACCCAAUAAUACAUCGGAGCCGGUUAUUACCGAGCAUGAGGAAAUUUCCGAAGCGUCGAACGAGAAAAAGUCGGAUAUGGUUACAGAAAUUCCCACGUGGUCAGAUAAAGUACAAUUGUCAGACAUAAAAGAGAUGUCGGAAUUAGAGUAUCUAAGUGUUAAACAAUUAAAAAAUCUGUUGAGUACAAAUCGUGUAGAUUACAAAGGCUGUAUAGAGAGGCAAGAGUUGUUGAACAGAGUAUCUAGAUUAUGGCAGGAAUAUAAACAAUCUAGACAAGAUGUGGAAAAACUCAGCGAGGAAGAAUUGUGUAAAAUUUGUUGGGACGCUCCGAUCGAAUGCGUAAUUUUAGAAUGCGGCCAUAUGGCCUGCUGCAUAAACUGUGGUAAACAAAUGUCCGAGUGUCCGAUAUGCAAGCAGUAUGUCGUUCGUGUUGUACGAUUCUUCAAAGCCUAAUGACUGGAGUGUAACCGUGCAUAGCGAUUGACUAUAUUUUUAAAUCUGCGCGAGGUCCGACGAAACGCAAUUAAAAUCUUCUUAUCAUUUGUUACAUCAUCAAAUAAAUUUAUGACAAGGAAUCGAAUCGUGAAACACCAAGCUCUUGUGCGACAAUUUUAUCGGCACAUUGUGGUGAAUAAUAUAAAUCGCAAAUUAUAUAGAUGGAUUCUAUAUGUGCGAUAAUCCAUAUUUUUAUUAAAAUUUAGUUGAGUUAAUCUUUUGUCAUCUGAAAUAUAAUUCUUUUCUUAGGCGAUGUACAGUCGAUUUCCUCUAUUCUAUUAUCAUCAGGAUCAUAGAAAUAGUAUAAAUAAACUGAGUAUUAAUUAGUUU